AUGAGUGAUAACGGAGGGAAAGGGCCUAAAGGCGGGCGCAAGAUCACCCGAGCGCUCAAGAGUGCUGCUAUGUUGCCUGUUAAAGGUCUUCGUGCAGGCACAGGAAGACGCACAACCCCGAGUUUCAAUCCGCAGCCAGGCGAAGAACCAGCGGUGAUCCUGCGAUUGCAGGUGAUUGGGUCGAUCCGUGAGUCUUCUUUUCUGUCUCUUUCUCUUUUGUGUUCUUCUCUCCUUUCUUCUCGAUCGGGGUUGGAUUUUGGUUGGGAUUUGGAGGAGGAUUGGGAUUUGGGAUCUAGUUACGGGUUGGGUGGGCGUCGUGUUGGUUGCUUCGUCGUCGCCUCCAUCCUAAACAACCGCAACCAAACACCCGUCGCCAAGAAGACGCUCAACCCAACCUACACCCCCAAAGAUGCGACGUUUGAUUUCCCGUUGUACCUCUCCCUUGCGGAUAAACUGGGUGUGUUGGAGUUGGUCGUGUGGGAUAAGGAUAUUGUUGGGAAGGAUUAUUUGGGCGAGGUGGGCUUGCCGCUGGAUGAGUGGUUUGUGGAACGAGUGCAGGGUGCUGAAAUGAAGGAGAGGCCGUUUGGUUGGGAAGAUUCUGGCAAUAAGGCGAGUGGCUGA